AUGUCCACCGGUCUUGACAUCGUCCACACUGCUGGCGCCGCCCAGCCCGUCGGCCCCUACUCCCAAGCCAUCAAGGUCAACGGCCAGAUCUUCCUCUCCGGUCAAAUCCCCCUCACCAAGGACGGCGUCCUCAUUGAGGGUUCCGUCACCGAGAAGACCCGUCUCUGCUGCGAGAACAUCAAGGCCGUUGUCGAGGCGGCUGGCUCUAGCGUGGAGAAGAUCUUCAAGGUUACGGUCCUCCUCGCUGAUAUGGCCGACUUCAAUGAGAUGAACCAGGAAUACGCCAAGUUCUUUGCUCACAAGCCGGCUCGCUCUUGCUUUGCUGUCAAGCAGCUGCCUAAGGGUGUGCCUGUUGAGAUUGAGUGCAUUGCUCUUGCUUAG